CGCGGUUUUUUCUUUCUUCUUUCUUUCUUUCUUUCUUCUUCCUUCCAACGACGUGAACCAAACUGACGGACAUUUUGGAGAGGGUGGUCGCAUUCGCUCCGGGGCCGCACCAUGUCCUCCGCGGCGGUCGCCGCCUCCAGAAGGCAGUCCUGCUACCUGUGCGACUUGCCCCGCAUGCCGUGGGCCAUGAUCUGGGAUUUUACCGAGCCCGUCUGCCGCGGAUGUGUCAACUACGAGGGGGCGGACCGGAUCGAGUUCGUUAUCGAGACCGCGCGGCAGCUCAAGAGAGCCCACGGCUUCCAGGACGGCCGCUCCGCGGGCCCGGGGAAGCCCCACCACGCCGGGAAGGAGAUAAACCACUCGGUCGGGGACCCGGGCCCCCGCGCGCCGCAGCCGCUGGACCGCUACCCGCUGUCCGACCGGCCCCCUCGGCUGGGACCGGAGUACCAGACGGGGAGGCAGGCCAACGGCCUCUCGCUGCCGAACGGGUUUUCCGAAACCGACGAGCCCCCGGAGCUGAACCGCCAGAGCCCGAACCCCCGCAGGACUAGCGCGGUCCCCCCGAACCUGGUGCCGCUGGUGAACGGCUGCAUACCCACCAUACACCCGCUCAACGGCCGCAGUCAGAUGGGUCUGCCCGGGGUCCUGGCCGCGCCUGGCCCCGGGGAGCACGGCAAGCGCCCCGAGGAGCUGAAAGACAAGCACAGGCCGGACAGCCUGUCGGACAUGUCGGACAGCCACAAGGACUGGAUGGGCAAAGGCAAGACGGUCCGGGACCUGAUGGCGCUGCACACCUUCGACAGCAGGUUUAAAAAGGACCACGCCGCCAUGCAGAGGGUCAUGGGAUAUGAAACGAGUGCCACUUCCUCAAAACCAGACAGGGGGAAGCACCCACGCGGCAUGAAGAGGAAGGCCUCCCCGGAGCCAGACGGCGAGGGCAGCGCCCCCAAGAUGAACGGCAGCGAUGGCCAACCGUGGCUCCCGUCGCCCUCCGAGGUCCUGAAAAUGCCCCCCGUCGCCCUGCCGGGCUUCUCGUCCGCCCCCCCCUCCACCAUGUCCCCCCACUCCCGCACCACGCCCCCCUUGGCGGCCACGGCGCAGAACGGCCAGUCCCCGAUGGCGGCGCUCAUACUCGCCACCGACAACGCCGGCGGCGCGGGCUCACCGAAGGACGGCAACCAGGUGCACUCCACCACGGCGGUCGCGCGGCGGAACAGCGGCAGCCCGCUGUCGCCGUCCUCGGCCUCGCAGCGGCGGAUGGCCCAGAGGGAGGGCCCCGCGAGCGGCAACCCCUCCGGCGCCCCCCAGCAACAAGCGCCCGGGGGCAUGGACCCCCACGCGCCGCCGAUGCAGAGCAUCCCGGACUCUUCGGUGCCGCAGGGCAGCGUGCCGCUGUGCUGCACUCUGUGCCACGAGCGGCUGGAGGACACUCACUUCGUCCAGUGCCCGUCGGUGGCGUCGCACAAGUUCUGCUUCCCGUGCUCCCGGGAGAGCAUCAAGCAGCAGGGCGCCACCGGCGAGGUGUACUGCCCCAGCGGCGAGCGCUGCCCGCUGGUCGGCUCCAACGUGCCCUGGGCCUUCAUGCAGGGGGAAAUAGCCACCAUCUUGGCCGGGGACAUAAAGGUAAAAAAGGAGCGGGGACCCUUGAAAAGGCUUCGCCAGCUUGUUGCGAACUCUUUUCCUUUUUUUUUGUAUCCGACUACGGCAACAGCGGCAGGACAUAACGUCACACACACACACACACACACACACACACACACACACACACACACACACACACACACAUAUAAAUCAUCCAGCAAGCCCCCGGAGAGACUGACGGACAUGUACAUACUGGACACAAGGGAAGUGUAGACUCAUAAAAACAUGGCUGUGUAAUUUUUUUAAUUUUUUUUUUUUUUCGAUUCUUCUUUUCAAUACUUUGUGUUUCUAUAUUUUUGAAGAUAAAAAGGUAUGUACUCUUCAUGACAGCCCCCAACCUCUUCAUACACACUUGUUUCUUUUCAAUCUGUUGGUGUACUUUAGUUCUGGAGACGUUCCUGUCAAACAUAGAAUGUGACUAAUCUGAGCACUUGGCAAAAAAAUUAAAAAACAAAACAAGAAAGGAAAAAAAACAAGAAAAAAAAACUGCUUCUAGCUGUACAUGUAUGCGCUUGUUUUUUAAGAAAAAGGAAAAACUUGCCAAUACAGUUUCAGACCUUUUUAAUA